AUGCAGGAAACUAUAAGCCAAGUUCUGUCAUUUUCAAACGAAGGGGUGCACUUCGACACGUUCAACCCCAAAAAGCAGCCGGUUCCGUGCGUGUGCUGCAAAAUGGGCCGAGAGUGGGUUGCAUACUCAACAGAAAGCCAGCUGGUGCUGCAGCAUGUAACCACACAAGAAAAGCAUGUCCACAGCAUACCCGACAUCAAGUCAAUAGAAGGGCUUGUGGGCUGCACCGCAUGCGUGAUAACCAAAAGCCAGGCCAUGUACAUUGUGCAGAAAGGCAAGGUGUUGCACAAGUGCGAGAGCGUCAAGAGCGCCUUCCAGGGAAAGGACUAUGUGGUAUACGUUCAGGAGAUAGAGGACUCCGAGGAGGCUGGCCAGAAGAAUCUCGCAGAAGGCAGCGAAAAGCGUGCCCCAGAAGAGGGCGCAAAAAAGCCGCAGGCUGGGGGGGCAGCAGAGAAAAAAGGCGCAAGUCCGGGCUCUGCAGGCAAAGCGCAGGAGAAGGCAUCUGAAGAAAAGGUCAAGAGCGCGGAGGCCGGGGCAGGGAAGAAGGGCGGAAAGCCGGGAAAGCCCGCGCCGGCUGUGAUGAACAUACAGAAAAAGGAGGGGAUGCAAGCUGCAGUAGUAAACAAGGCCAAGCCCAAGCUUCUGAAGGCGUACUCUGUUGCCGAGAAAAGAGAAAUUGAGGAGGUCAGAAUGCCGGCGCCGCUUGUUUUUUCGGUUACAAACAAGUUCUUGGUGACGGUGCGCGCGUACAGAUCGUCUAAGGGGGACAUAGAAAUCAUCCGCCUGAGCAACGGGGAAAAGGUCAAGAAGCAGGCGGUCCUCAACAUGAUAUCUGCCAGCCUGAUUGUAGACACCAAGUACGGGGAGGAGCGGCUGCUGUGCCUCUGCUCCCUUAACAGCACAAACGGCACAUACUACGACACAAAGGCGCUGUACUAUAUCGACACGGAGAGCGGCGCGUUCAAGCUAGUUCCGGGAAUAUGCAACCCAAUCACAGACACGGCUUUUUUGAAGAAGGGCGAGUUUGCAGUGUGCUACGACAACAGCCCCAGCAAAAUAGCGAUAUUUAACAGAAAGGGCGAAAAAACAAAGAGUCUUAAGGACGGGGUGCACAACAAGAUGUUCUUUAACCGGCAAGAAACCAUUGCGUGCUUUGCUGGAAUGAACAACCUGCCGGGAAACAUGAGCAUAUUCGAGUAUCCGUCCGAGGCUGCUCUUUCUCUGAACGAGGAGGUUGGGUGCUCCGUUGUUGACUGGUCACCCAACGGGACGUUCUAUCUGGUGGGGAUAACAAACAAGAUGUCCAUCGACAACAAGGUGUCUCUGUACGACUACUAUUCGCGGAAGAUCGCGGAGGUUUCGUUCAGAGAGCUGAAGGCCUGCAUGUUUGCCGGAAAAGACGAGGGCUUUGUGCCCGUGAAAACGCCCCCUGCCAAGGUGCAGAUAAAAAAGGCGGCUGCGUACAUCCCUCCGUGCCUGCGCAAAGACGCGGCGAAGGGCGAGGCCGAGUGGGCGCCUGCGCAUGUGAUUAAAGACAAGGCGAAGGCGCGCGAAAGCAAGAUGGAAGCCAUAAAAAAGGAGCUUCUGGAAAUAGAGAAAAUAGAGCAGCAGAUGUCAAAGGGGCAGGUCGUUCCCGGGGGAAUCGUAAAGAUACAAAGGAAGGAAGCGCUUUUGAAAAAACUGAACAAAAAAAAAGGCGCUGCCUCUUAG